GGACAACUCUGUCUUCUAUCGGGAAGGACAUCAUUGAGGACGAGGACGGGGUGUCCAUGCCUCACCAGUGGUUGGAGGGCAACCUGUCUGUCUCUGCCAAGUGUAACGUCUGUGAGAAGACGUGUGGCAGCGUCCUCCGUCUGCAGGACUGGAGGUGUCUCUGGUGUAAAGCCAUGGUGCACUCAGGUUGUAAGGAGCAGCUGUCCUCCAAGUGUCCUCUGGGACAGUGCAAAGUGUCAGUCAUCCCUCCGACUGCACUCAACAGCAUUGACUCUGACGGUUUCUGGAAGGCGUCCUGUCCUCCGUCCUGCACCAGUCCUCUGCUGGUCUUUGUCAACUCUAAGAGUGGAGACAAUCAGGGCGUCAAGUUCCUUAGACGCUUCAAACAGCUGCUGAACCCGGCACAGGUCUUUGACCUGAUGAACGGGGGACCACACCUGGGUCUGCGUCUGUUCCAGAAGUUUGACACCUUCAGAAUCCUGGUAUGCGGAGGAGACGGCAGCGUCGGUUGGGUCCUGUCCGAGAUUGACGCCCUCACGCUGCACAAACAGUGUCAGCUGGGAGUCCUUCCUCUGGGGACCGGGAACGAUCUGGCCCGGGUUCUGGGCUGGGGUUCAGCCUGCGAUGACGACACGCAGCUGCCUCAGAUACUGGAGAAACUGGAGAGAGCCAGCACCAAGAUGUUAGACAGGUGGAGCAUCAUGGUCUAUGAGACCAAGUUUCCACGGCAACACUCUGCGUCCACCGUCACAGAGGACUGCAGUGAAGACUCAGAGGUUCAGCAGAUUCUGACCUAUGAGGACUCAGUGGCGGCUCACCUGUCCAAGAUCUUGACCUCAGACCAGCACUCUGUUGUCAUCUCCUCCGCCAGGUAAGUGU